CGGUGACCUUUCACCCCAACAUGGCCGCGCCCGCGGGCACGAUGAGGUUCUGGAAGCCGGGCAGUGAAGGCCCGGGGAUCAGCAUCUCAGAAGAGAGGCAGAGUGUGGCCGAAAGCACUGAAACCACCGUGAUUUACAACCCUCAUGCUGCCCUUUCUGUAGAACAACAGAGACAAAAGCUGCCAGUUUUCAAGAUUAGAAAUCACAUCCUCUACUUGGUAGAAAACUAUCAAACAGUGGUGAUUGUUGGAGAAACAGGAUGUGGGAAAACGACACAAAUUCCACAAUAUCUGGCAGAAGCUGGCUGGACUGCAGAAGGAAGAGUAGUGGGCGUGACCCAGCCACGCAGAGUUGCUGCCGUUUCAGUUGCAGGACGAGUUGCCGAGGAAAGGGGUGCCAUGCUGGGGCAUGAGGUUGGCUAUUGUAUUCGGUUUGAUGACUGCACCGACCCACAGGCCACAAGAAUUAAGUUUUUAACUGACGGAAUGCUGGUCCGGGAGAUGAUGGCUGACCCAUUAUUAACAAAGUACAGUGUCAUCAUGCUGGAUGAAGCCCACGAAAGGACCUUGUACACUGACAUUGCUAUUGGCUUGUUAAAAAAGAUUCAGAGGAAGCGAGGAGACCUUAGAUUGAUUGUUGCCUCAGCCACUCUGGAUGCAGAGAAAUUUAGGGAUUUCUUUAAUCAAAAUGAGACCAGUGAUCCCAACAAGGACACAUGUGUGAUCAUUACAGUGGAAGGGAGAAUGUUUCCGGUGGACAUCUUUUACUUACAGAGCCCUGUUCCAGAUUAUGUCAAAUCGACUGUGGAAACAGUGAUGAAAAUUCAUCAGACCGAGGGUGAUGGGGAUAUACUGGCAUUUCUUACUGGUCAGGAAGAGGUGGAGGCUGUGGUUUCCUUACUUAUAGAACAGGCCCGAGCCCUGUCACGUGUUGGGAUGAAAAGACAUCUUCGGGUUCUUCCCAUGUAUGCUGGGCUUCCUUCGUAUGAGCAGAUGAAAGUGUUUGAAAGGGUGUCACACAGCGUCAGAAAGGUGAUAGUAGCCACCAAUGUCGCGGAAACAUCGAUCACGAUCAACGGGAUUGUGUUUGUGAUAGAUUGCGGCUUUGUGAAACUUCGAGCCUAUAACCCGAAAACAGCUAUCGAGUGUCUCGUGGUGGUCCCGGUGUCCCAGGCGUCGGCCAAUCAGCGAGCAGGGCGAGGGGGCCGGAACCGCUCCGGGAAAUGCUUCAGGCUUUACACAGAGGAAGACUUUGACAAAUUGCCUCAAUCCACUGUGCCCGAGAUGCAACGCAGUAACCUGGCUCCUGUCAUCUUGCAGCUCAAAGCACUAGGAAUCGACAACGUGCUCCGAUUCCACUUCAUGUCGCCUCCCCCAGCCCAGUCAAUGGUUCAGGCUUUGGAGCUACUGUAUGCACUGGGAGGGUUGGACAAACACUGUCAUUUAACCGAACCUCUCGGUAUAAGGAUAGCAGAAUUCCCCUUGAAUCCCAUGUUUGCAAAAAUGCUUCUCGAAUCAGGAAACUUUGGCUGCUCCCAGGAAAUUUUGAGCAUUGCAGCCAUGAUGCAGAUUCAGAAUGUCUUUGUGAUCCCGCCAAAUCAGAAGGCUCAGGCUAUCCGGCAACACCGAAAAUUUGCUGUGGAAGAAGGUGACCAUCUCACUAUGCUUAAUGUGUAUGAAGCUUUUGUCAAACAUAGUAGGAAUUCACAGUGGUGUCAAGAGCAUUUCCUUAAUUACAAGGGGCUGGUCAGGGCCACUACAGUGAGGGAACAACUGAAAAAGCUUCUUGUCAAGUUUAAAGUACCAAAGAAAUCCAGUGAAGGUGACCCAGAUCCUGUUCUGAGGUGUAUCGUCUCCGGAUUCUUUGCCAAUGCGGCCAAGUUCCACUCCACUGGAGCCUAUAGGACCAUUCGAGAUGACCAUGAAUUGCACAUCCAUCCCACUUCAGUGCUGUAUGCAGAGAAACCACCUCGCUGGGUGGUCUACAAUGAGGUGAUUCAGACUUCAAAAUAUUAUAUGAGAGAUGUGACUGCUAUUGAAUCUUCAUGGCUCCUGGAAUUGGCCCCUCACUUCUACCAACAAGGAACGCAUCUUUCCCUGAAAGCCAAAAGGGUCAAGGUAGAUGACCAGUGACAGCUGGCCAGCUGCAGCUGAAAGGACCCGGCCCUGCCCUCCUUGAUGCCCCUUACGUGCCACGAUCCACAGAUGUCAUCUCUGAGCCUUCUGCUGUCCCCCUGCACAGUCAUGAACCAUUAACCCGCUCCCUGCUCACCUCGAUGUUUAAAUGCCUGCCGGGAUCCUUUAGGAAUUUACGCAUGAGCAGUACAUCGCAAAACUAAGUAGAGCUUGCAUUGGGGAUGUUUUCCUCCCUGGCUGAAUUCGCCACACUGGUUAACUGGGCUUGUUAACCGGGGCAUGUCGCUCCUUUUAAAUAGAUAGACAAUCGGAAAACAGGGCCACAAAUUUAUAAUCACUAGGGAGUCCGGGAAGGAAAGAAAACCUUCGUCUUCUAGUUCCCUGCAGAAGAGGGAAAGGGAUUUUUUUAUAUACUGUAGUUCCCACCUAUUGGGUCCCAGAUAAACUUUCAUCUUGCCUGGCAAGGAUGGAUUCAGGGUGAGGAAAACACACACCGAGCAUGCCUAAUUGGCCGAGAGCUUUAAAAGUAAUAGUUACCCACCUUCUCCUAGGCCCUUUGUCCUUCUUUGGCCCCAGGGAGGACUUUUAGAUGGCCUUGAAUUUAAAGGGAGGAUGAAUAAUUUAUCUACACCAGAGAACUCUCUUUGAUCACUGGGUCCUUCUCUGACCCUUUCGCCCUAACUUUUGAGAGAGUUAGGGAUGAUUUGUGAUUGACACACGUGACAUAUGCGUACACAUUCCCUGUAGCACAGGAUUUAUGCGCUUUCACAAGUGGGCUUAGCUUCUUAUUUUGGAAUAAGAAAUCUUAGACUCGGUACAACCGGCUUAACACUAGUGAAAUCUCAUGAAAAAAUCUCGUGGGAGUACUCCUUGGAGUGAGACCGAACCAAAAAGCAGGUGCUCUGUUCUUCUGGCGAUUAGGAUUCUAAAAGGUUUGCUUUUUGGGGUUUUGGGGCAAGGGGGGGCAAGGGAGAGAAAGAAUCUUUGUGAAAUAGGAAGGGUACACUUCCUUUUCACGCACUGAUACCCCAGAGCUCCUCAACCAUACCAGAGUGUGGGUUAAAUACUGCAGUUGACGUAGGCGUAUUUAUUUUUCUUACCGUUGCAGUAAGAUUUGUUUUAAAAACAUGUAGCUUGAAAACUUAUUUUUGUAUAGACAUUUGUUUGGGGAAUAUGCCGCUUUUGGCAUCGACAUGUAUUCUUGUUUUGGUUUUCAUUUUUUAAAUGUGUAAAUAAUAGUAAAACUUUAUACAUAGAAUAAAUGUUGUCC